AUGAAUAUCGGCAAGUGGGGAUUGAAGUCUGGUGAUUCCAAAUCUGAAUCUGAGUUGCAGGUAUAUAAGAAAGAGAAUGCAGCCCUUAAAAAAUCUUUGGAAGACCUCACUAAGGGCAAAAGAAAAAUGACACCAGAAGAAAAGAACAGAUUCCUGGAGGUGAUAUAAACAUUUCUGCAUGCAAAACUUCCUGUCUUGUGCUGUUAACUGUAAAGGAAUCAUUGAAGAUUUAACAAAUGGAGUGAUUUUGUAUUGCAUAUUACUUAAAAUCUGAAUGUUAAUUUUGAACCUUUAAACUGUCUUCUUUCUCAAAGUCAUAACUUGGGAGAUAACAGUUAAUUUGCCACAAAACACCAAUUAUACCAUCAUAGUUGCUAACAGUACCGGUAUGAUUGCUUGCCCUGUACAAUUAAGAAUAUUUUAUUUCAAAAUUGGCUUGUUAACUGUGAUAAUAUGCUUGCUUACAUUUCAUGUAGAGAAUACUUGCCCUUGAAACAGAAAAUGCAAAAUGUAAUAAUAUCCUUGGAGAGAAAAAUCAAGAAAUUCAGCUCCUGAAAGACAAGCUGAAGAUCAAAAGUAAAAAUGGUGAUGUUACUUCUCUGCUUAGUCAACUAGAAGAGAAAACACAGGAAGUGGCAAAGAGAGAACAGCUACUUCAUUCCCUCUCAGAAGAGGUGGAUCGGUUGAAAAACCAGUUAUCUGCAGUUACUACAAAUUGUUCAGACCUUGAAAAUAGAGCCAAUAAUGUGCAGAUUUCCCAGGUAAGUUAUUAUGGCUGUUGCUAUAUAUUUAUUACCCCACCACUUUCCAUGACAGGACAAAUGACAGCUUACAGAUAAAAACGAGAAGUGUUUAAAGCAUAGAAAACAAUUUAAAAAUAAUUAAACAUUGAUAGAAUUAAAGCUAUAUGUUGUUGUUGUUUAGUCGUGUCCAACUCUUCGUGACCCCAUGGACCAGAGCAUGCCAGGCACUCCUGUCUUCCUCCUGCAGUUUGGUCAAACUCAUGCUGGUAGCUUCGAGAACACUGUCCAACCAUCUCGUCCUCUGACGUCCCCUUCUCCUUGUGCCCUCCAUCUUUCCCAACAUCAGGGUCUUUUCCAGGUAGUCUUCUCUUCUCAUGAGGUGGCCAAAGUAUUGGAGCGUCAGCUUCACGAUCUGUCCUUCCAGUGAGCACUCGGGGCUCCUUAAGAAUGGAUACGUUUGAUCUUCUUGCAGUCCAUGGGACUGUCAAGAGUCUCCUCCAUAAUUCAAAAGCAUCAAUUCUGCGGCUAUCAGCCUUCUUUAUGGUCCAGCUCUCACUUCCAUACAUCACUACUGAAAGCCAUACCAUUUACAAUUAAAACAGCAUUAGCUUAAUGUUCUUGAUGGUAAGGGCAGUUUGACAAUGGAACCAACUGCCUACAGUGGUGGUGAGUUGUUGUUGUUGUUUUUGCAUCAGGCCUUCAAAUAGAGGCUGGGCAGCCAUCUAUUAGGGAUGCUCUAACUCUGGAAUUCCUGCACUGAGCAGGGGGUUGGGUUAGGUGGCUUAUGGGGCCAUAGUCGCGGUCAACCGUAUGGACAUCCCUGUUCUAACUGAUGCAUAGCAUCAGCUUAGACCAAAUUCUUUUAACAUAAAAAGCGUAAAAAGAGCCUGCUGGAUCAGGCCAAUGGCCCAUCUAGUCCUGCAUCCUGUUCUCGCAGUGGCCUGUGGGAAACACGCAAGCACUCUGCCUACCUGCUAUUCUCAGCAACUGACAUUCGGAGACAUACUGCCUCCGACAGUGAAGGUAGAACACAGCCAUUGUGGUGAACGGCCUUUGAUAGGCUCAUCCUCCAUCAAAUUAUCCAAUCUUCUUGUAAAGCCAUUGCUGUCUCCUGCUGGAGCAAGUUCCACAAUUUGACAGCUUUGCUAGCCCGUUAAUUAUCCCAUUGCUAACUCCGACAGACUUUUAGCAUUGUUAACAUCAGCAGAUAACUUUAGUAAUCUCUAGUUUGGUAAAUGGAAUGUUGGUGAGUCUGAUUCCUUGCAAAAGGCUUUUGAUUUGACGUAGAAUAUUGUGGAAAACAAUUAUGGCAAUACCAUGAAGAGAAGGUAGGUGGCAAUAGAAUAUCAGCUACAUUGUGUGAAACAGCAUAUACAGUGGUGCCUCGAUUUACGAACUUAAUCUGUUCCGGAAGUCCGUUCUUAAACCACACUUUCCCUAAUGAGGCCUCCCGCCGGCGGUGCCCUUCCACCGUUCGGAUUCCGUUCGUAGACUGAGGUAAAGUUCGCAAACUGGAACACUACUUCCAGUUUUGCGGAGUUCAUAAACCGAAUAGUUUGUAAACAGGACUGUUCAUAAACCGAGGUACCACUGUAUAAGUUACAGGCUGGCUGUGUGUGUUUUCAAUUGGUGAUCAAACAUUUACAGGAAAAGAAGUUAGUCCUGAUAUUUUAGGGCCGGCAACAAGUUAGCGCCUUGUUUAAUUUUUAGUAUGCCAUUUGGGAAUCCUAGUAUUUAAACCCCUUGGCCGCAGUCCAGUACAGAAUUGAAUGCACUUAAGCCGAUUGAUUUCAAUAGCUUAAGCAUACUUAUGUUUAUAUGGGAUUGUGGCUAGGAUGUGCAACUGCUGAAAAUGCAUUUUGAACGCAGGUUACGUUCAAGUCGGAUCAGCCUUGUGCUAGAAGGGAAUUAAUUUCUGCUAAUGGGCAAUAUACUUACUCCUGUAGGACUGAGUUGAAUAAACCGAAAAGGCUUCCAAAGGGUGUGUGUGUGUUGAUAUAUAGAUAUAUAUUCCCCUAGUAAUGCAAAAGCCCUCUGAAUCCCCAUUUGGGUUUGGAAGGCGCAGAUUGGCAAAUAACUCAGUGUGUAACUUAAUAGUGUCUGCUGAAAAUAGUUCCCAAUACCUAAAAUACGAAAUCUUUUGAAAUCCAUUUUAGCACCUGUUACGUAAAAGUUGCAACUAGUGCAAAAUGCAGCCGAGUAUGAACACAGGCCACACCAACUUUGAAGGAGGUGCACUUGUUGGUAUGCUUCUGGGUCCAACUCAAGGUGCUAGUAACACAUCCAUUCCUAAACUGUUUGGAGCCAAAAUAUAUGACAGAAUGCCUCUUCCCUCAUGGUUGUCCCAUCCUGGGUGAAGCAGAGGGAUGGGUGUAGGGGUUUUUAUGUCAUCUUUCCCCACCUCUGGAACAAUCUAUCCCAGAGGUGCAUCUAGCACUGCAUUAAUACCCUUGUUCUAGUUGCUGAAGGUGCGCCAUGCUGCAAAAGCAUUUGUAGAACUAGUUUUCUAUGAAGAAUAUAUUAACCUAUCCUGUAUUGCUGCCAUGGUGCUUGCUUCAAGUGUAUUGGCUGAAUCAUGUUGCAUUUUAAUUGGUUUUUAUGUAAUGUUGAUGUGUAAUAUUUUAUAUUCUUUGGGGAUGUAGUUGGUCAGAGCAAUCAAAGCAAUAUCAUUGGAGCUUAAUCAAAGGAUUCUGAGAGUUUGGGGGCAUAUCCCAUAGUGAAUUUAAUGAAGUUUUUCUAUUGCAGGUAGUUCCUUUUCAACCCACAAUACAGAAGAAAAUAAUUCUUCAGAAGAUAUUUGAUGUAGUGCGCAUAAGAAGUCAAUUGGCUUUUUAAAACGAUGCUUUCCCUAUUACAUAGAACAAGUUGGUCUUAGAAGAAUGCAUGCCGUGAUGUGGUUGUAUAUAUUCUUGUCUAAAAAUAAGAGACAUGUACACCCAGCUUAGCAAAAUUAAACUGUUGAACUGGUUUGUGUUUUGCAGGAAACUGCUAUAAACUGCACUGGAACACCAGCAAAUGAAGUUGAAAUCCAACUGAAAGAUGUAAGAUUCUUUUUAAAAUGGCACUGUGUGUGUAUAUAUACUACUGAAGAGAAAUACCUAAUAGUUCAGGCCAAUCCCUUGCAUGUUUACUUGGAAGCAAGUUCUACGUCCUCGAAACGGGGCUUGCUCCCAAAUAGAUGUGUAUGGUAGAGGUCAGUGACAGAACAUCUGCUUUGCAGGCAGAAUGUUGCAGAUUCAAACCCUGGCAUCUCCAGGUGGGGCUGGGGGGGACCCACGUUUGAAGCUCUACUAGCCAUUGUAGACAAUAAUGAGCUAGAUGGACCCAUGUUAUCCUUGUGAAUAAGGCAGCUUCCUAUGUAAACUUAAGAGUGCAAGAAGUGGAACCACCAUGCUAGAUUAGACCAAGGUCUAUUGUCUAGUCCAGAUUUACAUUCACAAGCAUCUGGCUGCGUUUGGGAGACUGCUCAGAACUUGAAAGCAACAGCUCCAGCCCAUUAUUCACCCGCAACUUCACAUAAGAAUUAGUUCCCAGACAGGUGAAGCAGAUAUGAAAUGGUACUUUACGGGCUGCUUUGCAUUAAAAUGCAAGUAACCUUUCAGACGUUAGCAAUGUUCUAGCUGGCAUUGUAAGUGACACUUCUAAUUAUACUUGUGCCGCAGAAAUGUGAAUUGGCAAUGUUUAGAGUGCUGUGUUUGGGCCAUGUUCAGAUCUCUACUUGGUCUCCUCACUUGGGGUGGGGGCAGGAUUCAGUGAGCUAUACCUGCUUCCAUGAGUCUCCUUUACUUGACCAUAAAUGAGAAUUAUACAGCCCAGCAUUUCUUCAAAAAAUGUUGCCCAAACUAGUAACUGUGACUGGCUUGUGGGAUUGUCUCAGCACCGCACCACAGAUGGCGCCCUAUGGAUAGGUUGUGCCAAGUUUAUGUUCAGGUGUUUUACGAUUCCUUCAAAGAAGGGCAAAUUUCCCCAAUCAAGCUUUAUGUGAUGAAUGUGUUGUGGAAAGAAGAAUUGUUGGUUUAUUUUUGUACUUAUUAUGCAUUUUUAGUUUUUAAUAUUGUAACUUCCCUAUAAUCUACAGAUGACUCCUUGUAUUUAGUCACCAGGGCGUUUACAUGCAGACCAAAUUUUUCUGAUCUCUUGGGCAUCUGCCAUUGCUCACUUGCUCAGAUGGAGCCACUGCCCUACCUGUGUCAUGGCUUCAUUCCUUGCUACACACCUGCAUCUAAGUAUGCUUAAUACUGUGCAUCGUUUAGAAUUUUUAUUUUUUAAAGCAAAAGGGACAGUGACAGGCGAACAAGCUCCGCAUUUCCCUCCAUGGGUGUGAAAUAAUACAAAAUAAUGUUUCAAGACUGACAUUUACCUUUUGACUGUGUAUAAGCCUCUGCUACUACACUCUCAGUAAACUAGCAAUUAGAGUGGUUAAUUGUAUAGAAAUGCAUAUCUCGAAGCUUGAACUGUUGUAUAGAGUUGUAGGCGAGCCUCAGGACUGAAUGCCUAUGAUUUUGGGCAGUGUCCAAUGAAGUAGUUCUGUUAUCACAAGGAUUUAUGGCUGCACAACAGAACUUUCCCUCCCUACACACCCUAACUAAAUUUGCUCUGGAGGAUUGGGGGAACACCCAGAGCAGUCUAGGAAGUGCACAGAAGAGAGGCAGGGAAAGUCACAUUGUUUAGGUGGAAGUCCUUGUGCUAACAGACUACUUCGUUGGAUGCUGCCCUUUAUGUUGCUGUAGCUAACUUUUGCAUAUGUCAAAUACACACACACACACGAAAAUAGUACUGUGAGCCUUGGAAGAAAGUAUAUCAUGCCCCCUAACUGCAGCCACUGGGAUGCAUACAAACUACUCCAGAAAUUAAAAACCAUUUUGAAGACUGUUCAAUAUGACUUGGGAGGUGGUGGUUCAAGAAAAAGUCAAAUUUCACUGCGCUAGCACAAGCCUGUUUUGCAGGCCCAAGUAGUUCUUUGGAUCCUGGCCAAAGUUAACGUAGAAAGGAGAUUUACCAGGUAGCACAGGUACAGACUGUUUGGGCUGCAUGGAGCCAUAAAUUUUUAUAGGUAUUGGAAUAGGAAACGCAACCUCCUACCACACUUUUGUAACUGCUUUGCCUAUACAAAGCCAACUUCAAAGCUUGUUUGGGGUGCCUAUUUUUCUUUAACAUUCAAAAUAUGCAAUUAUAUUAUAAAAUAAUAAUUUGCUGAUCUUAUUAAAACAGUAUAAUUAACUCUUGGAAUUGUAUGUUGAAGCAAAUAUCUUGAGGCUUCAUAAUGUGAAUAAGUGUGGUUUCAGUAGCAUUGUCAUCGUUAGAAGUGAAUCUUAAGAAUAAUACAUGCUUAAAAGUGCUUUGGAAAAUCUCUCAGGUAGCUUCUGUUUCCCGGAGUAUUUCACAAUCUGUAUUGUUUGCAAGAGAUAACCAAUGACAUCAGCAGAUGGUAUGCCUAUACUCGCCCUAUCUUUACAAGGUUUUCCUGAUCUUAAAUAAAAGCUGAUCUGGUUGUUUGAUUAAAAGUAAAUUCAUUUAUGUGUAUUUAGCUUCUGACAUUGCGAAUCACUUUGAGGAAAACAUGUGAUGGCAGCACCUCUUAAUACCCAAAGGGUGUUUCUCAGAUUUAGGGGAGUGCUCCUUGGUGGUACUGGGCAUGUUUUAUCAGGUUGAUAAAACGGGUAAACACCUCUUGCAUAAAUAAUAGCAAAAACAGGCAUGUGUGUGUGAUUGACGGAAAUUCCAAGGUGCACUUUGCAGCUAAAGUUGAAUUUUAUUUAUUGAAAUUUGUGUUCACAUGAUCUUUAACAGUUAAAUAUUUCAAAACUGGCAGAAAGCAUAAAGUUGAAAAACACAGUCUUCUUUAGGCUGAGGCGCCUGUGCCAAGUAGGAUGCUUUUCGUGUACUGAUAAUACAUAUGACUUACAGAAAGGUAAGUUAUCAACACUUUCCUUGAAGCAACUCUUAACCAACUUACUUAUUAUCUUCCCUCUCAAGGCUCUGGAGAAAAACCAGCAGUGGCUAAUAUAUGACCAACAGCGAGAGGCCUAUGUUCAGAGCCUUGUGGCAAGGCUCUUUGAACUGGAACAGCAGCUGGAAACUGUUAACCAACACCAACCAAAUGAAACCAGGGCAGAAGGUAUUAGCUGGCUUUUCUUCAGGCUCAACAGAUUGCACAACAAAGUAGUUUAUAUGGAGAAAGAUAUCCCAGAUCAGUUUUCUGUUUUUAGUUAUGAACACUUACAAGCAUAAAACUAAAUUAAAUUAUCACUCUUUUUGGAUACUUAUACACGUGCUGUAAACAUAAAAAAUAAAAAUGGUGUACAAAUAUAUACUGAUUGUUGCUUAGCUGCGAAUCAUGGGUGUUGGGAUAAAUAAAUAUUGAGUUGUCUUGGCAUUGCUCAAGUCACCAGCAUGUGACAUUCGUUUUUGUAGCAGAUAUAUGAAGUUGUUUUGUAGGUGUGGAUUUUAAAGCAUGGAUAAUUAGAAAAAUAUACGACUCUUAUGGAGUGUGUGCAUCUCUUAAGAACUAGCUACCUCCAUAGAACAGAAACUUGUGGAGAAACUUCUUGAUAACAGGUCAUUGUCGCCUUACAGUUUGCUUGCCUGUGCUGAUUUCAUAUCCAUCAAAUACAUAGUGUCUGGUUUCUUCCUGGAAACCGAUCAGUUUUCUCUUGUUACUAUAAAACACGCUCAUUAAGCAUCUGGUGGUUUUUAGCCAAUUUAGCUGUUGAUGAUCUAUAACCUGGCUGUAGCGCUGUGAGGAAGUCUGUCCCAUGAUUAGCUCUGUGGUGGUUCUGUGAGUCCUCAGUCAUCAAAGGGAUGGACUUCAUGGAAUCAUCAGGAAGUGAUGGGGCUAACCUUGUCCUCUGAUAAAAGGCGUGUGCCUUGGUUCUAUUCAAAACCUUUGCCAAGUUGCUUGAGGACUAGAGUCGGGGGCCCUUCAUGGUGCCAUUGCUGCCUAGCCCCGGCAGCUUGGCUGUGUAGAGUCUGCUGAACGUAGAAGGAGCCCUUCUUUCCCCUCUCGAGGAAUUGCAAGAUUGCCACAUAGUGGCGUGGAUUGGAUCUGCCCCCUAUCCUGGUAUAGAAUAUGUUCUUCUUUAACAACGUAUUAGCGUCUUAAAUUUCCCUCUGAGUAACUGAAUAAGGAAAUACAGCUUACUGCGAGGGGCAAGGCAGAGUCUAGAAUAAGGCUGUUCAUUUUUGUUUACAAAUACAUUCUGCGGGUGUGAGUUUGCUAAGGAUCUUCGUUGAAGCAUCCCCUCCCCUUCUCUUCCAUGUUCUGUUGUGGGUUCCUGCCAGAAGAUAAGCAAAGAUAUUACGAGCAGUUGUUGCUAGCCGCCAGAAAUGAUCUAGAGACAGAAAGGCGUUCCGUAGCCCAGCUGCAUUCUGACCUCAUUGAAUUCAAAAGGAAGUAUGACGAAGCCAAGCAGGAGGUGAUGAAUUUAAAUAGUCUACUAAAGUCGCACAAGCAGGCUGACAUUCAGACUCUUCAGGACGAAAACAACCUCAAAGGGCAGAUGCUGCAGAGGCUUACUCAAGAAAAUGAAGUGACCAGAGACCAGCUUGAGGAAGAAAGGAAACGAACGCAAGCACUCUCAUCCCAGGUUGGUAUAUAGGGGAGUUGCUGACUUCACUUUCACAAUGUACACAUUUAUGGAGUUGGGGUGGAAGAUGACCUCCAACAUGAUCCCUACCCCUUUCCCCCUCCCUAAUUCAAUGGGCUGUGAAUUAUAUCAGAUGCACAUAUAAAUGUGGUAAGUGCCAAUGCUGAUUAGCCACACUGCAUUGCUUUCAAAGGAGUGUGCAUUUCAAGGGCCCUUACCACUGAAAUCAACCAAGUGUGGACAGGCAGCAUCUUUGCUUAGAUACCUGUCCUAUAUUGGCAAGCAAUAUGUGCUUCCAUGCAUUGGUCUCCUUGGGUGUGAGUUGAGCAAAGAAACAUGGAGGGGGGGAGGCAGCAGGAAAAGGAGGGAACCACUGUUCUCUACCCUGUCCCUUUUUCUUAGGUGAGAUGCAUAACCAAGUAGAAGCAAAAUAUUCUUAAUUUAAUUUAUUACCCUCCCUUCACUCUGAAGUCCCAGGGUGGGUUACAACACUUUAAAGUGCAACAAUAAAAGCAAUAUAAAACACAAUUCCAAUAAUAGGGUUGUUCCUAAAAAUACUUGUUCAGCAUGCUUAAAAACUUUAAAAAGCAAGGAACCUGGAGUAGCAGCUCUACCAUCUUACCAGUAAGGAUGUAUAAAACCAAUGAAAACCCAUGGAUUUACAUAGGUUGAUUAUUUGAAACCACCUUAUAGAAUUGUCUUGUUAAUAUAGUCUUUUACACAUGGUAUAGGUUGAGAUGCUUCAGAGAUCUUUGCUAAAACAGCAGGAAGAACACACAAGGAUAACAGCUUUGGAACAGCAGGUACCAGGUUACACACUAUUAUUUUAAUUACACUUUUCAGUCAGAACUAAAACCCAUAGGCAUAAUAUUCAUGUUAAUAUUUUAGGCAGUUUUAUUACAAUACAAGCAAGGAAGCUGUUCUUCCUGAUAUCGAGAUAUAUUGUGCAUUUUUCAUGAUAGCGAUUUGUCUUGUUACUUACUGCUGAUAGGAAAGUUUUGAACUAAGUGAGAAUUUAAAAUCCAUUCAUCAUUUAAUUGGCAUCCCUCUGUAGAAUCUCUACUCUUUUAAUUCUACGGUUAUGGUAGCGAGGCUUUUUGAAAUAUUAAAGGACUUAACAACAUGUGUGUACAUGCAGUAAGGUAAAGGGACCCCUGACCAUUAGGUCCAGUCAUGACCAACUCUGGGGUUGCGACGCUCAUCUUGCUUUAUUGGCCGAGGGAGGGGGCGUACAGCUUCCGGGUCAUGUGGCCAGCAGGACUAAGCUGCUUCUGGCGAACCAGAGCAGCGCACGGAAACGCCGUUUACAUUCCCGCCGGACGUGCUUUUGAACUGCUAGGUUGGCAGGAGCUGGGACAGAGCAACGGGAGCUCACCCCGUCGCAGGGAUUCAAACCGCCGACCUUCUGAUCGGCAAGUCCUAGGCUCUGUGGUUAACCCACAGUGCCACCCAUGUCCCCGUACAUGCAGUAGCAGAACAUUAAAAAUACAUUGCACGAACCCUUCAAAAUAGGCUUUAAUUUAUUUAUUUGCUUUAGAUCCAACCUUUUGUUUUCCUAAGGAGCUCAUGUAAUUAUAGCAUGAAAUCUGCCGUGUGUAACAGACUCUCUGAUUUUUCACCCAACGUUUCUUUCCAGAUCCAGGCAUGCACAUCUGACUUUGAGAAUGAGAAGCUCGACCGUCAGAACUUGCAGCAUCAGUUGAGCAAAGUCCUUAAGGAGCUGCGCAAGGCAAGGGACCAAAUAACUCGCCUUGAGCCCUCAGUGAGUAGUACUGUGUUUCUAGAGUCAUUGGGUGCUAAGAAGAUUGGCUAGACCUAUAAAGGAAUAUUGCUAAUUUGUAAAGGGAAAUAUUUAGAUGCACCAAUUCAUUUUUCCCCAGAAGCUUCCAGAGUGUGGAGGAUGUACAGAAGUCUUGCACAACUUCCAGGCUGCCUUUGAAGACAAGCUGACAAUACAGAACAAAUGUCCUUCACCCAAACGUUCAAAUCUUCUUGAUGAAAGUUUCCUGGAGUGCCCCAAAUGCAAAGCACAAUAUCCUACAAGCCAGCAUAGGGAGCUGUUAGCCCAUAUUGACUUCUGUGCAGAUUAA